AAUGCCAGGACUGGUGGGCAGCAGGUUGCAGACAAAACACUUCUACGCUUCCAGCAAACUGCACAGUCUGUUCUGCUGUGAAAAGCCUUCAGAUAGUGACAGACUUUGAACUAUCAGAAAAGCUCCAGAGGUCUCAGCCUUUUCUAAUCAAGACAGGGCAGCAUCUCUCCUAUGAAGAACUGAAGCAUUUUCAGUCCCAGGAUCCAGAACUGGCAGAGGUUAUAAUAGAGGAAAAUUCAGCUGAAUUAUGGAGCUGCCCAUUUUUCUUUCCCUGGAGCAAAUCUGUGAAUAAAACUCGGAUUCUGCAGGAAUUUUUCCCUGCUUCCUCUUUGCUGUCCUUCCCCAAGACAGUGGCCCUGGAGAGCUGCUUCCUCAUCCGCCAUCCAGAUUUGGGGAAUAAGAGCUACAGUUUGCACAGCCUCUUUGCUGUUGGAAGUGGACAGAUCACCCUGACUGUUGUACCUCUGGACAAGUGCAGAGGACACUGUGAGAUGUUCAAGGUGGAGCUGGAAGCUGGAGAUCUGGGUUAUGCCAGCGCAGAUCACUGGACGAUGAGCUUCAUGGCCAAAGGGAGAGAGCCGGCGGUUGUUUGUGACGGAGCUGCUAGCUAAGGAUGAUGGGGUGGGAAAACAGAGCUGUUCCCAGGACAAGAAGACUUUCAGCUUUGAAGCCAAGGCAACCUCUUGAAAGAGAUAGAGCUGGGGCAACUGGGGCAGGCAGCUUUGCCACCCUGCAUGUUUACAGUGUUUAAAAAUGACUGUUUUUCCUGACCCUUGAGGUAAUUCUUUGCCUUUCCUCAAAUGUAUUUUGGGAAAAGCUCA